GAGUUGGAAAGGGAGAGGGUGGGCGACCACCCCCGCCUCAAAGAGAAAGAGAGAGAAAGGCUCCAAGCUUCAUUAUCGCCGGUCCUUGAACCCGUCUCUGCUCGAACUCGAACACAACGCCAACGUUCUCCCAUUCUCUCUAUCUAAGCUAUAGCGUUUUCGAGAGAUAUCGAUAUCGCGGGAAAAUUCGAGUUCUUUAGAAUCGUGCAAGGACGGAAUCUGUUCUGCCACAUUUUCAAGAGAGAUGGCUUCUGUUCGCACAUGUUAUUGCAAACAAAAAGAGGAUGUAUCGCGCAAGAAAGAUGACGAUAUCACAGAUAGGAAUCGAUAUCCUUCAACUGCCACGUCCAAAAGAUUGGUAAUCAAGAAUAAAGCUUGUAGAAGUAAUCGAGAAUCUCCUAAAAGAGAAAAAAGCGACGAGAAAAUGCCUAAAAAUCGAUCGGUGGAAGUGCAAUCUAAUCCUGUCUUGAGUCCAGAAACGUCGACUGCGCUCGAAAACGCCGAGAAGAUUAUUAACAAUGCAAAGGUACAACUCAUGGAAGUCUGUGCAAUGUCAAGUCUCGAUUCUGCGCGACAAAAUCAAAAUACAUACUUGGACCCGCCCUUAGACGACGAGGCGGAGGAAAUGCUGUACAUUCGUGAGCUGGUGGCCUCCAAGUUUUACGAGGCAAGCACCUUGAGAUCGGAAGCGAACGACAGGACGAGCGCGCAUCUGGAGGAUCGAUCUCCGCGAGUCACCGUUCGCAGGGUCGAUUUGUCGGCGCCUAAAUUUCGGAUGUCGCGAGGAAGACGACGUGCCGAUUGCCGGUCCCUGGAAUACGGAAGCGACGAUCGCUUGCAAGAACGUGCCUCGCCUGUCGGAACGCCCUCGAGAAACGACUCAUCGUCGUCGAAGGACUCGAACAACGAGGUCGAGAACGAGGCAACAACGCGAGACGAUCGUACUCACAAUCUUCCGGGACGAAUAUCAUCGGCAACUGAAGGCGAGCUCGUUCGUGCGCGAGAGAACACGUGCAAAAUCCAAAUAGGACCGUCGGUGCACAUCGUCGACCGGGAACUGACGAGGCAGGACCUGGAAGACGUGCACAUCUCGCCGGAAACGUCCUACUGCCACGCGAACACGGCCACUUACGUCCUGCGCCACUUUGACGUCGCUGAAAGUCCCGUCACGUCCGGGGACAACGAGCUUCGAAAAAUACCGGAAGCACCGAGGAAGACGCUACGCGUGAGAUUAGAUACGUCGCAACAUGAGGGACCGAUUGUCGCGGAAGCUGCAACCGAAACAAGUGUUUGUGUAACUACGAAAGUUUCAGACAUCAGAGAUUCUGAACAAGAUGACGAGCGAAACAAGUCUCUCACGUCUCGAGCUCAAAAUUGUAUCGAUGGAGAAGAGAGAAAAGAAAGCAAAACGGAAAUAGUUGAAUGUUUGAAAAACACGACAAAUCAAGAAGCAAUUAAAUCCGUCGUGAUUGAAAAUUCAAGAACUGAUAAUGCAAUAUUGCAAGAAAAGUCAAAAAAUAAAGUCAAAAUUACCUUCCACAAUGAUAUAAAUUACACGGAAAAAGGAAGAAUAUUCAAUAAGGACAACGAUGAGCAGAUUCACCUACGAAAUGAAGAAAACACUGUAGAUGAAAUACAGGAGGAGAAUCCAAGCGAUCGAUCAAAGCUACCGCCUGAUAAUGACACUUUAAAGAAAAUAGAUUUUCCUCGCCGUGGAAAUAUCGUUCCGCAAACUUAUCGAGCGAUGAAAAGUUCGAGAUCACAUCAGACACAGAUUGAUGAACGUUUUACAAACACUUUUGACAGUCAUAAUGAACAAGGUAAGCUGUAUGAUGUCACUGGCAAGGAUAUACGUCAUCAGUCUUUCAUCUCGACCUGCAUGGAUGAUUCUCAAAUAAAGGACAAUUUGGAUGAGAUUGAUUUGUACCGACCGUGUCUAAACGAUUUGGACACAAUUUUGCUCUCUAACGAAAGAAAGAUUGAACGUGUCGUUCGCACGGUCGAGAAUUUCGCGGAAUUUUUAUCGAGGCUCGAAUCCACGAUACAUGGGGAUAAAGACAAGCAAACACUGCGAUAUAUAAAUCACGAAGAAUUUCAUCAUAAUUCGUCAGCUGAUAAGGAUCGCAAGCUCUUGUUGAACGAGCCGACUAGAUUGACUUUCGAAACUGAACUGAAGAAUACGGAUUUGACCGUCUCGUGUGUACCGUCAAAGAUGCAUGAAACUAACGCGAACUCGCAGAGUACAUCCACGGACACGAUAGAGAUAAAAUCAUCGAGUUUCACGAAGGAAAGCGGCUCUCCUAGCAAGUACUCGAAAAACUCCGUGGAAUCUAGCGUGUUUCCUGUAUCAGAUUCGAGCGAUGGCUCCGAGAUAUCUCGCGAUAAAGUUCAACGACCCAGGACUGAAGGACAUUUAUCAGAAUCGUCGAUAUAUAAAUCAGACGUCACGACAUUCUCCAACAUAGUUCCCGCGUUAUCCAGUACGCGAAGAGAAACACAGAUAUCCGGGGAGAAGCACAUUACUCGGGACAAUCAUGCAAAUGCGAAGCGACAUGUCACAUCUCAAUCACAUGUCAAUAGAGUGUCCAAGCGUGACAUCGAUCAUUCCCAGAAGGAAUAUUUCGGCAACGUUUUCGCGCAGACUCUCCAAAAGGAUACGUCCGAGGCCGCGGAUCGGUUCAUCGCUUACCUCCUGCAGGACGAAAAGCGGAGCAUCGAGGGGAAGGUGGUAGAUGCCUUGAAGGAGUCGACGAUCGCGCCUGUCGCGGUGCAAAAGCUCCUGGAUAAUUUGCGCAACGUCGAAUCGAUUCGCAGGACGCGUGAGACGGAAACUUUGGACAUUCUCAAGAAUAUUCUCAUCAAUAUUCAAAGUCAGACUGAUCCAGAAACGAAAGGAAGCGUUCAUCUCGUGGCUCGUUCCGAAUCUAUUCAACAUAUUAAGAAUAAUAGCAAGAAAGACACAUGUCAAACAGCAAACGUAGACGAUGCAGAGAUUAAUGUUAGUAAAAAUAAUCAAACUUACAAAGAAAUCAAAGAUGUGGAGACCUUUCCUAGGAACGUCGCCGAUUCCUCGAUUCGAACAAAUGCAAUUGAAGAAUCGAUUCCGCAAACACAAGUGAAAGAUGAUGCAAACGAUGAUAUCGGGCAAAUUGCCAAGAAAUCUUGCGACUUCAAAAAGUCCGAUAAACUUUCUUCCGAUUCUUCCGCGAAGAAAGAAGAAAAGAGAGAAGGCGCGGCUCCUCUUCGUUCCAUGAUCCUUCUCGAGUCUGCUCAAAAUUCCAAAAAUAAUAGCAAGGGAAACUCGUACUCGGAAGCCGAGUCAUUGAAGCAGAUCUCCGAUAUUCGCAGCGAUGAUGACACACUUCCUCGCAAGAGUUCUCAAAAUUCGUCCAGGAGAACCGUAUCCGCAAAAUUCAAUGAGGGGUGUACGUUGGAAGCUGACAAUCCUGCGACCGCAGCAUCCGCAGAAAAUAAAGAGGACGAUGUGAAUGACGAGAGACGUAGAGAUGUGGAGGAUAAGAAUAUUUCACAAGAAGCUGUAAAAGAAAUUAUAAUAGAAACUCAUGAUAAUAUCACGUCGACGAAUCAAAAUGUAUUACCUGCGAAAGUUUCGGAGAUGAAGGACGAGGGAAUUCAUUUGGAUGCAAACUCUUCGGAAUCCAUUGCUGAAAUCUUGGAGAAAGAGGACGUUAGUUUUGUACAUUCAUCGACGAAGGGAGAUAUCGAAUCUUGUUCGACCAAGAAAAACAUCGGUUCGCAAGAUUCUGUAGUCAAGGAAGAGGUCGGUCUUGUUGCCAAUUCUUGUCCGGACAAUUCUCUACAAGAUCACGCCUCGUUAUCGAGCGCGAAAAGUAGCAAAUUAUCACUAAAAGAAGUCGCGUCACAUAUUAAGCAAGGUAUUAUUGAAGAUAAUGAUUUAGUAAAGGAUACGAGAAACGACGAAACUCGUGGCAAAUCGAUGACGAUCGACAAUCAUGGAGACGAAAAUGAAGACCCGGAAUUUCUGAAAAAUACAAAAAAUAUUAAUGAAGAGCAAUUCGCUUCAUUAUCGAAUGUAAAAAAAUUAUCCUUGAAACAGGUCGCGUCGCAUAUUGAGCAAAGUAUUAUUACUGGAGAGAAUGAUUUAGUAGAGGAUACGAAAGACGACGAAACUCGUGGCAAAUCGAUGACGAUUGACAAUUGUAGAGAAGGAAUCGAAGACUCGGGAUUUCUGAAAAAUACAAAAAGCAAUAAUGAGCAAAUGAUUGAUGAUGAUUUACAAAAAUGUAAAAUAGAUACCUUAUCUGGCUCUAAUUCCUGCGUCAGUAGCACAUUACUGGAUUACGAUAACAUAUCCCCCCAUGAUGCGUUAGCAGUUGACAAUCUUGGAAAUGCAAAGGAAAUUGAAACCUCGUCAGAGACGUCUCAUUCCGAGGGAGAACUGUAUAUGCCAAGUUCGUGUUCCUAUUCUCUCGGGGAAGUGAGAGUUUUGAAGAAAAGUGAAUUAAUCUCGAGUAAUUCGACAGAUCGCGAGAGCAGUGCAACAAUUUUCGUUACCAGAAGUAUGCUAACUUCUUUAAACGACUCUCCGAUGUCUUUGCUAGGAAAUUCCGGAUGCAUUUAAACACAGAAAUUCGUCGACGCAUCGCAAUAGUUAGUUUAUAUCAUAAUGAAGGAAAAUUUACGCUAAUUUAUGCUAUUACGCUAAUUUUUUUAAUUACCUUCACGUGCCUUUUAUAAUGAUACCAAAGAAAUCGAGCAUAUCACAUUUUCUUUCAUUAAA